AAUAAGCCCACGGGCAUUCAAUUCCCAGGAAUUUGUUUAUGAACCUACGCGCCAAACGCUCCCUUAUGGUAUACCAAUGAUAGACAAAUAUUUGCAAUAUGGUCUAUCAAUGAUAGACUCUCACAGAUUUUGUUGUAUUUAUAAUUUUUUUAAAAAAUGUUACUAUAUAUGUUGAUAUAAUAUGAAUCUAAUUGUUAUAUUUGCAACUAUCACUAUUUAUAUUGCAUCAUCUAGGGGGUGUUUGAGUCCAAUACAAGUCGAUUGAGUGAGCUAUUAUAGCUUACUUCAUGUUUGGAGUUACAAUUAUAAUAGUCGAUGUAAAACAAUUAACUAUAGUAUUACUAUCUCAAAUCUUUAUGUUCUGCUUCGUUAUCACGUCACUAUUUGUUAUAGUGUUUGCUUUUUUUUUCUUUUUCUUUUUUUGUUUUUUUUUUUUUUGCUUAUUUUCCCAUUCUCUCUUUAUUACGGUAUUUAAACACAAACUAUUAUAGCUUAAGCUAAAAUAGCUUACAUCUAUUAUAACCUACAAAUUAUUAUUAUCUACGUGCUAUAAUAAACAACUUAGCGCACCAAACAAAUUAGUUUGGUUGAUUUCAAACGCUAUGUACCAAAUGGUAUGAUGAGUACUACUAAAAAUCUAGAACUAAGUCGAGAUUAACCUUUUCCACUUUAACUAAAGAUGAACUUUAGGUCAUCCUACAACCAUAGACAUUUUGUGAAUCACAAUGAUACAGUUAGUAGUACAACUACAAAAUCAAAUAGUACAACGAAUAAUAUUCUAUUUUGUUACAUCCUAAUAUUAUGUUGUUGUAUAUUGUAAAAACAUUUUUUCUUUUUACAAUAUAUAUAUAUAUAUAUAUAUAUAAAUUUCCAAGGACUAUGUUACCUACUUUGAAGGCUAUGGAACAUAUUCUAUCUUAUUAAUAAUUUCCAACAAAUAAUUUUAAAAUAGUCUUCUAGACAAAAAUAAAAAAUAAAUAAAUAAAAAGAAAAGAAAAAAGCUUCAAAUUGCAAAAAUUUUAAAGAUUUUUUUUAAAAAAAUAAAGUAAAUGGAAUAUUUGAAUUAAAAAGAAAAAGUUUCAAUUUAGUGUAACUAUAAAUACCAAUCAAACGAAAAGCAUUCAAAACAAUAAAACUAACAUUCUCAAUUGAAAAGAAAAUUUUAAAGGAAAAAAAAAAGUGACAAUUAAGAUUACUCUUGUCUUUUCUUGUUGAUUUUUCUCUCUGUUUCCAUGAUUCCGAUUAAGAAUUUCUUUGCAGCACCGUCGUAUUUUCUUCCACCGGAGAUCAUCUUCACGGUUGAAUCGAAAAAUUUGAAGGAGGAGUUUGUUUAUCAGUGACUUUCAUUUGAAUUUUACGAGAUCGAUUUUGUAAUUUUUUUUUUCUUUUUCUUUCUUGGAAAUGGAGUCCGUCAAUUUCUACGACAUAAGAACAGAGAAAGCGAACGCGAUUCUUAAGUAUCGACAGUUUAGGAAAAUCGCUAACCUGUUUCGAUUCAUCGAAUUGUGUUUGAUUCUCAUCGUGAUCUCGAGAUUUUCCAGUCAUUUGCCGACUGCUUUGAAAAACUUCACCGAGUAUUUCCGAUACUUGUCCGUGACAUUAAUUAGUCCUCGUUUCGUGUUUUUGAUCGGAAACGCUAUAGUCAUCACUCUUUUCGCUAAAUCUGGACAGUUCUCUGCUAAGGAUCCGAGCAAGAAGAAUUUAGUUGCCGAUCUUUACGAGGAGUUCAUAAAAAACAGCGAGAAGAAUAAUCAGAAAUCUCCACGCACUGAAAUCAAUUAUCAAAUCAAGCAUAUCGAUGAAAGCCGCGGCAAGGCUUCGGUAUGUGUCGAGAAAGUCGUGAAUAAUCCUGAAGAAACAAAGCGAUAUCAGAGGUGUAAAUCGGAGAAAAUGGAGGUUGUACUGCGGGAGAAGGUGGAUCGUGAAUUAUUGCAGCGAUCGGAGACGGAGAUAUGCAAGAAAAUGGUGGAACUGAAGGAAGGAAGAAGAAAUAGCUCGUAUCCGGAAGAUGUAAUGAGCAACGAAGAGUUCCGGCAGACGGUGGAGGCGUUCAUAGCGCGGCAGCAGAGGUUGCAAAGGGAGGAAGAAUUCAGUGAAUUUUAGGAAUUAUAUGUAAAUCAAAGCCUUUUAACUUCUCGUAAAUCCGCCAAGAAAUUAGGGCUCUAUGUAAUAACUUUUUUUAUUACGUAUACAGUUUUGUUUUCUAAAAAAAUAUAUUUGGAUGAAAAUUAUGUAAAACACAUUCAAAGCA